GUGGGAAUUGGUAUAGCAGCCAAUGGCUAGACCUAAGUAGCAUUGCCUCCCUUUUUAGACAGGGUAUGUGCUCUCUUAUUUUUAUUUUAUUUUAUUUUGUGUGUGUAUUUAAGCCAGAACGAGGGUGAGUUUUCAGUGUUUCCUUCCCAGAGUUGAGGCAUCCUUUGGACCAGGAAUGCAAGGUGGCCUGGGAAGGGAGACGUUAUCUCUGCUGGUUCUCUUGUCUACAGAAAAAAAAAACAAACCAAACUCCUUAGCUUAGCACACAGGGUGUUUCUGAUCUGGCUCCAUCCGACCUUUCCAGCUCCAUCCUCUGUCUUUUCAUCUUCUAGGCAGGAUAGGCCCUUCCAGUGGCUUCAUGCUCUUGUCCAGGCUGUUUUCUCUGCUUGGAAUGCCUUUCCCUGGCCUCCUUAUUGCUGAACUCUGUGCUCCUCCAGGGCGGGCACCAUGUUGUACUCAUCUUUACCCCCAGCAUCUAGCAGUGUUGGCAUGUAGUAGGCCCUCAAGAAAUGUGUGUUGAAUGAACGAUGCCUGUGACAAGCAACUGGACUUUAUUCUUUCCUGACCCUUGCUCCUAUGACACACCUCUUCCUGGCUGACACUGUCACCCCUUCAGAGCAGGACUGCUUCUCUAGGGAAGCUGGAAAGGAAACAGCCAUGGCCAAGGACAUCCUGGGUGAAGCAGGGCUGCACUUUGAUGAGCUGAACAAGCUGCGGGUGUUGGACCCAGAGGUUACCCAGCAGACCAUAGAGCUGAAGGAAGAGUGCAAGGACUUUGUGGACAAAAUCGGCCAGUUUCAGAAAAUAGUUGGUGGUUUAAUUGAGCUUGUCGACCAACUUGCAAAAGAAGCAGAAAAUGAGAAGAUGAAGGCCAUUGGUGCUCGGAACUUGCUCAAAUCUAUAGCAAAACAGAGAGAAGCCCAACAGCAGCAACUCCAGGCACUAAUAGCUGAAAAGAAAAUGCAGCUUGAAAGGUAUCGGGUUGAAUAUGAAGCUCUGUGUAAAGUAGAAGCAGAACAAAAUGAAUUUAUUGACCAAUUUAUUUUUCAGAAAUGAACUGAAAAUUUCAUUUUCUAGCAGGAGGGCAAAAAAAAGAAAAAAAACCCACAACCCCCAAACCAAAAAAACCUCUGUACCAAUCCAGUGACUUGACUAAUGACUCAAGUGUGUUGUGUGAGAUGGUGUGUGAGGAAUGCAGCAUCUCUGAAGGCAAUAAAACAAAUCUGGGGGAGCUUGUUUCAGACGUCAGUGCCUAUCUGCAGGCGAACACCCAGUGGCCAUUGUGGUCCAGGUUCUCACCUCUUGCAUUCUCAGUCUGAACUGAGCAGCCUAUAAACUUUUUUUGUAAAUUCACAAAGCUUUGGAAGGAAAAGCAAUAAAUUAUUAUUUUCAAAUGGC